AUGAGCGAGCCGUCGCUGUGGGGCAGGCUCCUGAAGCUGCUGCAGCGUACUCUACGCGAUGCUGCAGCUGCUUCGCUGCGGCGGGUGGUGCUGGGGUCUCUGCUGAAGCACCUGAGUAAGCAGCAGCUGGAUGUGGCGGUGCGAGGGGGCGAGGUAUGUCUCCUAUCUGUAGACAUAGAGACGGGUCCUCUUAAUGAGGCUCUUCAAGCUGCAGGCUGGGGCUUCUUGGCGGUGGUUAGUUGCCACGUAGAGUGCAUCAGUCUCAAGUUGCCCCUCACCCUCAAAAUCUUCAGGCCAGCCGUCGCUUUGCGCUUUCGAGGGCCCCCACAGUCUCUCGCAAGCCAGUGCCUCCCGUAUCCCGCGCCUUACCCUUCAGUCCAACAGGCUGCAGCUACUGCAGCUGCUGCAGCAGCCACUGCAGCGGAUGCAGAAGCCGCGGCAGCAGCAAAGUACCUGCACCAACGAAAUCCCCAGCACUCCCACGGACACUCCACAACGGAGCUCUGCAAGACGGGGAGAGUGCAAGGAGAUGCCCACAUGUCAGGAGAAAAUCUGGGCCUGGGGUCCGUGAGUGGUGGCUUAUCGGCUGCUGCUGAGGCAGCAGCAGCACAAGCAGCAGUAGCAACAACGGCGACAGCGGCAGCAGCAGGCAGAGAGCCUGUGGAUGGCAGCACAUGUGUGCAGGGCACGCAGCAUGCGCAACAGAAUGAACGAAGUAAUUUGAUUGGAGGCCCUUUCUGUGUGGGAUCACUGGGGCCUCCGGAGGUCUGCGUGGGAGCCCCCAGAUGCUCCGAAUGGGGGUCCCCUGCAGGAGCCCUCUUGGGGGCUCCAGGAGGGUGCGGGGGCCACCUGCCUGUGUCUGACAGUGCCUUGUACAGCGUGGACUCUCUGCUUGCUUUGCUUCGGAGGGCUUUGCAGAGCGCAGCAGGGGCCAUCGACUUGUCCAUAGAAAUGGCGGUCAUUUGCAUUUAUCAAGACGAGACGGCUGAACAGCCCCUUGAAAAGGGGUGUAGGGGCAGCCCUUGUGCACCAGAGACCUCGGGGGCUUUUGAACUGCCCACACGUUGGGCUGGCAAGGCCAGGGCGGCUGUGGGGGCCCCAGGCUGGGGCGGGGGAGAGGCAAGAGACACAGAGGGAGGGCGUGAAUCCUGCGAGGCCUCUCAAAGGGACCCUCCGCGUUUUCGCAGCUUUGCUGCAGGAGAGGACCGCCGAGAAAGCCGCCGGCGGCGUCUGAAGGCGGGAUCUCGAGAGGGUUCCUUUGAAGGGGCCCCCUAUGGAGGGGCCACUCUUAGAGGGGCCCCAGGCCAUGAUGGCGUCCCGCGGUCUCUCUGGGCUGUACGGCUGCACCUUGAAGAAGUGCGCGGCUGCGACUCUUAUGCGGGCUGCGCUCAGCUGCAGCUGGGCAGCUGCCAAGUCUCUCUGCUGCCUUCGCUUCCCCUGGAGGCUUUCACUUCGAGGGCCAGCAACAGUUGGCUCGGUGCUGCUGGACUGCUGCUGCUCAGCACUAAGGCCCCUAACGUUCACAGUGGCUGGCCUGCGCCUGUCAGCGCCUUUAGUGGGCCCAUGAAAGGCUUUGUUGUGGCCCCGGCAGACGGAGCAGCAGCAGCAGAGCUUGCGGCACUCCCCGCCGCUGCUGCAGCAGCAACAGCAGAAGCAGCAGCAGCAUCAGCAGCAGGGGAUGAUGGAGGGGGCAACGAGGACCCUGUCAUCAUUGGCAGAGUUGCCGUUCAGGCGCCGCUGAGUGCAGUCACCGCUAUGCAGUCGGAGGCUCACACUGAGGACUGCCUCUCACUCUUAGCCCGGCAGCAGCAAGUUGAUAAUCCUGGAGCCGCUGCGGGUGCUGCUUCCGCUGCUGCCCUUGCUGUUCAUGCCAGCGCGCCCCUUGCAGCGGCAGCGGCAGCAGCUGCGGCAGCAGCAGCAGGCGGAUGGACCCCAGGAAGGUGCAGCUGCGACAGUUGCUUCCGUGGGUGCCCUUGCAACAGCAUUAGCAGCAGCAGCAGUCUAGCAGCACAAGCUGUUUUUGACUACGGCGUUUGUCUCUCUGUGCCGCUAGUGCUAGUCCUGGUGGGGACGGAGCACCUCAGGAUCCUGAGACUCAUAGGCGAGACCAUUGGCCUGUACGAGGGGGCUCCCGCAGGUCCUGGGUGUUCCAAAGUUAGGUGUCGAAGCGGCAGCAGCCGCAGUGGCAGCAGCAGCGACGGAGCGAGCAGCAGAAGAAACGGCCGCAGGAGCCACCUGGAAAGCCCAAGGGAGCUUAAAGAGGGUCUUUCUGCGUGUGGAUCAGCAACAGCAGCAGCGGCAGCAGCAGCAGCAGCGAACGAUGCAAAAACAGCCAACGAAACAGCAGUGCGAAGCAGGAACAGCGGCGACAACAGUGGCAUGCCUGUUUCUGGCUGCAGCAGCAUCCCUUGCUGCAGCAGUUCGAGGCAGCAAGGGCUGCUGGAUGAGCUCACAGGCAAUGUCAUAUCCGCUGAUGAGGGGGACGAAGACAGAGAGAGCUGGCACUCUAUGGUACCGUUGGGGCCCCCAGAGACUCCAGAGCUUGGGGGGGCGCCCCCAACUCGUGGCAAGCCGCUCCAUGGGGCCCCCUGGUGGCGGCGCGCUGUGGCCUUCUGCCAGCCGGGGCCCCCGGUGGCUUCUCGUGAGGCGGCAGCUGCAGCCUUGGAGACUUUUGGGGGCCUCCUGGAUGCUGAGGAGACAGGGAUGUCUUUGGGGGGAGAGGUGCUGCCUUUUCCUCAGUUCGAGCAGCAGCAGCAACAGGAGCGGCUGCAGCAGCACCAGCGGCAGCAGCACGGACUUCAACGGAAACUGCAGAAAAAGGUCCAAGACGUGCAGCAGCAGAAGCACCAGCAUCUGCUGCAGCAAGGCGGGCAAGCGGGGGAGGGGCAGCAAGGGCUACUGCAGCAGCAGACGACCGAACUAACCCCGCAGCAGCAGCAUCAUGGCUCGCGUCUGGAUAAGGCCGCAACGGCAGCAGGAGUGGAGGCGCAGCAGCAGCUGAGACAGAGAGGAGCAAGUAAAUCCCUUCACGGUCGCCUAGGGCCUCAAGCGCACCGUCAGCAGCAGCAGGCGCAAAUGGGAGAGGCAUUGCAGGCAUGCAGCAAGGCUGUGGCUGCUCCUGCUGCUACUUGUGGCGCUCACAGUGAGGACCGUCCUGCUGCCUAUGCAGCUGCUUCGGAAAGCUGCAGAGUAGCAGCAUGCAGCCUUCCUGCAGUAGCUGCGGCUGGAGCAGCAGUAUCGUCGUCAGCAGCAGCGGCGCCUGCAGCAGCAGCUGUUGCGGCUGUCGCUCCUCGUGCUUCCUACGCAGUGAGCAUAUCAGUUGAGUCCCUUGCUCUCCACUUUGUAGCCAGUAGCGACUUUUGUCCGCUGCUGCUGCCAGACUGCGGGCUGCCUUGGGGGCCCCAGAGGGGCCCUCCAGCCACAAGACGAAAUUCCUCUAAUUGGGGGAUCCGCAGAGCAUCCGCAGAAGACCUAGGAGAGGGGCCCACGGGGGGAGAUGCUGCACAGCAGCAAGCCACGCGGCCUGCUGCUGCUGGGGAAUUCGUGGGCACUGGGCGUCCUGAGGCGGCAUCAGCAGCAAACGGAGCAGCAGCUGUUUCUCCCAGCUUGGUGAGAGCUUUCCUCAAGGGCGCCCCCUAUUGCCUCCUGUAUACCCCUUUGCCGUCUACGCACAUCAUGUCUCUGAGUGUCUCGGAUUUCUCGAUUUCCGUCUUUUCGCCGAACUGUAGCAGUAGCAGCAGCAGCAGCAGCGGCGGCUGUGGAUAUGCGUCUGCUGGCUGCGCAUUUCCUGAUACGGUGCUCCUGAUGCCCAAGGCAGCGCCGGCUGCUGCGUGCGCUGCAGCAGCUGCAGCCGCACCUAGAGCAGGCUCUCACGCUGGCAUUGCAGGGGGCAUCCCUCCGCACAAUUUGCUGAGCCAGCAGCAACAGCAGCAGCACAUGCAGCAGCAGCGGCAGCACCGAGAGCAGGCCCUCCCUGUCUGCGUCAUACAGAGCGUCGUCUCUAUCGGCCAGUGGGCUCUUCAGUUUUUCGAGGCAAAGCGGCCAAGGGCCACAGCUGCUUCGCCAGUGGCCCCCGGGGGUCUUCUGACAAGAGUUUGGAGCUGCUUAGACAAACUGAAUGGGCAGACCACAGCGCCAGAGAGACACGAAGUGCUCGUUGCUGAUGCAACAGCAGCAGCGGCAGCAGCAAGCACUGCGCCAGCUGCAGCUGCGGCGGGCGCCGCAGCAAACGCUGCAGGGAACUCCCCAGAAGACGCCGAAGCAGCCAGGGACACUGAGGACGCUGUUUCUCUUGAGUCCCUGCGAGUUCCUUCUGUUUUGCCGAGCUCUCCAGCUCUGCAGCUCAGCAGUAAGUCCAGCAGCAGCCACACCAGCAAGUCCAGCAGCAAGCCCAGCAGCAACUGCAGCAGCAACUGCAGCAGCAACUCUAGCAGCAACUGCAGCAGCAACUACAACAGCAGCUGCAGCAGCAGCUGCAGCAGCAGCUGCAGCAGCAGCUGCAGCAGCAGCUGCAGCAGCAGCAGCAAAUGCAGCAGCAGACUCAGCAGCGCCAGCAAACAGAGCAGCGGAAGCGCUGAGCUAAGUGACUUGGAUGCGGAUUGCCUCCAAAGAGGCGUGGGCCCUGAGGGCUCUAAAGGGCCCCUUAGGAAGGACGAGCUCGCAGACUUGAAGGGCAAUGUAGCUGCAGCAGCAGAAGGCAGCUGCAACAGCAGAGUGGGUGCAUGCCAGAGCGCACGUGUCCAAUCACCCCACUCGAAACUGCCAGUGACACAAGCAGCAUCAGAAGGGCUAGCAGAGACGGAGCAGGCUCUUGACACUAUCAGCAGCAGCAGCAGUAACAGUAGCUGCCAAACACAGAGCAGCAGCAGCAGCAGCGGCAGCGGCAUCAGCAGCUGCAAGUGCAGAAGCAGCAAAAGCAGCAGCCUCCAGAGCAGCAGCAGGAACAGUGAGGGCAGCAGCAGCGAGGGCAGCAGUAGCCGUGAAGACAGCAGCAGCAGCAAGUCCAAAACAUCAAAUGGCAGGAAAGUUGAAGACGGAGAAGAAGCCUCAAAGAGCCUUGCUGCGGGCGCCGCUCGUUUUGCAUCGCCGGCAGCAGCAGCAGCGGAAGCAGCGACAGCCACAAAGCAAGAUGCUUCGGAAGCAGCGGCAGACAGCGAAAAGGUGAAUACACCCGUCUCAAGCGGCAUCUCAUAUGCUGUUGUGAGAGGGCGCCGAGGGCGAACUUCAGCCGCAGCAGCAGCCAAAGCGACGGCAGCAGCAAGAGCAGCAAAAGCAGCAGAGGGAGUCAGCAGCACCAAAGGUAACGGCCUCAAGCAUAAGGAACUCGACUCGGACGCUGCCGCUGCAGCGUCGGUGGCAGCAGCAGCAUCAGCAGCACUUGCUGCCGCUACCUCAUCUGUUGGAAAGAAGCAAGGGGCAACGCUGCAGCAGCCUGGAGGAAGGCGUAGCAGCAGCACGUUUGUCUCUCCCCGGUGCAGCAGGACGCCAGAGGCCGGCACUCCGGAAGUCGCUGCAUCAGAAGCAGCAGCAGCAACGAAACCAGGAGCAGCAGCCAAGGCAGCAGCAGCAGGGCGAAAGAAGGCCGGCAGAGAUUUCGCAAAGUCUAAGCAGGGCAAGCCUGCAGCAGCAGCAGCAGAGUUGCCAGCAGCAGCAACUGCUCCUGCUGGCGCUUCUGUGGGCUUCGCGUUGUCGCGGGGCUCCGCCAGCGAUAGUGAGGAAGCUCUAUGGAGUGGUUUGUUGGGGGGAGAAGUGCUCGACGACCCCCUGCAAGCUGUUCCCCAGCAGCAUCUGCAGCAGGCAGCUGCUGCUGCUGGGCCAGCAGCAGCACUAGGAGCAGCCGAAGAAGCUGCAGCGAGCGAACAAGGGCUACCAGGAGCACCCCGAGCAGCAACAGCAACAGCAGCAGCAGUAGCAGCAGCCGUGAGACUUGUAGGCGACACUUCUUCUCUUUUCAGUUGCUUCACGCAGGCGCGAGAGACCAAGGCCCCAUUGUUCACUGCUGUUUCAUCAAACUGCAGCAGCAGCAGCGUGUCUUCCGUGUCACUCAAGGACAGCAGCAGCAGCAGCGGCGGCAGCGGCCUCCGUGAUAUGCAGCAGAUGAAAUCACUAACUCUUGAAGAGCUUACGGAGGUUCUUCAAGCUGCAACAACUGGGGGCGCAUUUUGUGGGGCCCCGGAUGAGUACAAAGCCCACGUGCUGCUCUUUGGGGCCAGAAGAGAGGCGCUGGCAAGCACAAAACAGGGCGAUGCUGCAGUGGAAGCGGAAGCAGCAGCAGCAGUAGUGGAGAACCACUUGCAUAGGCAGAAGCGUCGCACCUGCGAGCUCAGGAGGCACCACCCAUUCAUCUCUCGCAGCAACAGCAGCUGUGGCAGCAGCUGCCGCAGCCGCAGUGACUGCAGCAGGAGCAGCCCUUGUUGCUGCAGACGCCCAGGGGCCCCUUUUCCAGGCCUUAGGGCCCCACAUGAGCAAUGCUGCAGCAGCAGCAAAGGAGGAGCAGGCGGCUGGAGGGAGUGGCCGGAGUCCGAGGCAGGCAUGAGUCUUUCUGGUGCCUUUCCGUGUGCAGAAUACCACUCUCCUACACACCGAAGAUAUAGCAGCAGCAGCAGCAGCUUGGGUUUGUGGGUCAUGAGAGUCCCAGAGGAGUUGGAACGAUCAGUGCCAGACAGCGCCCUCGUGGCUCCGGUUUGCGCGCCCAUUCCGUUCAAUCGUACGCCGCAGAAAGCAGCAGCAGAAGCAGCAGCAGCUGGAGACUAUGAAAGCGUGCUCUCGAGCUCUAAGAACGAAGCUGAGAUUGGGCUUCCGCUAUUCAAAACUUUCAAAGAGGAGCCAUUCUGGGAUGUCGAGAGAGCGGCAAAUAGACCGUUGGUCACACUACGGACCUGCUACUUCUUUCAUCCUUUGCUGCAGAUGCCUCCAGCGGUGCUGCAGUGUACAGACAUCAUUGGGGCUGCCAGCGUCGCUUCAGGGCUCCACAGCGUUUCUCCCCUUUCAGCAGGAACGGAAGCAGUUGAAACUGUCAAUCCGGCCAGUGCGUUUUCUCUGAGUCAGGCGAUCCAUGCAGAUUCCUCACCAGCUGCGUCUGCUGCUGUUGCAGCUGCUGCUGCAGCAGCUGCUGCAGCGGCUGCUCUGUGGACAGAUUUAAGCAUCGAGGCUGUGAUUGGUCAGCUUCCCCUUGACGCUCUAGGGGAGAUCUUACAGGUCUGUGACAAGGCUUCCGCUGCUCUAUUGCCGGCGCACGGUGCUGCAGCGGCCGAUGCUGCUGCUGCAGCACAACGCUUGGACUGCACAGCAGUGGCAGCAGCAGCAGCGGGGCAAGCAGAACCGUCGUGUCUUGCGGAGAAGCUGCCUGUAUUUUGGGGAAUGUCGGUAUCCUGUUUGCGUCUCCACAUCGGGGCUGUUAACAACAUUGAAGCAAGACCACAGCCGUUAGCAGGAGGGGAAGUAGAGGCAGCAGCAGCAGCAGAGCCUGCAGCAUUGGCAGCAACAGCAGCUCCAGCCAAGAAACAGACUAUGGAGGCCGGCAAAGCUUUUGGAAUGCGUGAAAAGGACUGCGGCAUCAACACUUGCUGCAGCAACAGCAACAACAGCAGCAACAGCAACGGCAGAGACGAUAGAAGCAGCUGCAGCAGUACCUGCCUUGUUGUAGAUGUGUGCUCCGUGAAAGCCUCAUACUGCCCAGGACGCAGGCUCUUGAGCAGCAGCAGAAGCGACAGGAACGAAAGCAGCAGCAGCAGUCUCACCAGCAGCAGCGCCACGGGAGAUACAGAGUUGCGUCGGCCCCGCCAAGCGUCUCUGUCGCUGGAGCAGCACGUGUGCUGCUUCUUGCUUUACAAAGAGAGUGACCAGCUGCAGCUGCUGCGGUUCCGGAAGCAGCCGUGGGUGCACAGGCUUCUGUUUGCUACCUGUGUGCCUAGCGACUCUACGAGGGACCACUCACGGGCAUCUCUUGGGGGCCCCUUGGCCGAGGGGGCCCCCUGUAGGGCCCACUUGGCAGCAAGUGCUGCGAGCGAAUAUCUGGGUGCAGCUCCGGCUAGCCUGAAGGGCCGCUUUGUGCCGCUGCUGGCGAUGCUGACAACUCCAGCCCCGUCGGCCUCGUACGAAUGCCUUGACCUAGUCGCCUACGAAACUCCUGCAGCAGCAGAAGCAGCAACAGAAGCAGCAGCAGGAGCAGCAGCACGCGAGCCGCCAGCUGCUGCGGCAAGUCGAGCGGUAUCAAGCCCCUCUGAGCGCGUGUUUGCUGCGACAGCUCCUGCUGAAGCCACUGACAACGAAGGAAGGUGGUGGGCGGGAGCUGCAGAGCAGCAGCGCGAGCUGCGCUGCGCAGAGCAGCAGCAGCAGCUGCUGCCACAACAAGCGUGUGAAGUGCUGUCGCUGCAUGUGCCCUUUGUUGAGGCGUCUCUGGACCCCGACGUAGUCGUCCCCUUGGGGGCCUUCCUGCACAGUAUUUCGUCGACUAUUGAGGCCCUUAGGAGAGACACGGAAAUGCCAGUUGAUGCAGAGCAGCAGCAACAGCAACUGCAGCAGCAGCAACUGCAACAGCAGCAACUGCAGCAGCAGCAGCACAGAGAGCCGUUGUGGAGGCGGUUGCUUUGCACGCCUGGCAGCAGUAUCAACGUGUCACUCGGGGCCCUUUCACUAGAUUGCUGUUUAUAUUCCGACUGCGGCAGCAGCAGCAGAAAUAUCAGCAACAGCAGCGAACUGGCAGUCUCUUAUGGAGGAGCUGUCUCAUCAGAAGGCUUUGCUCCUGGAAAUGCAGCAGCAGCAGCAGCAGCAGCAGCAGCAAUGCCGGUAGCCCGAUGCGCCACCUGCAGCUCUGGGGUUUACAUCGAGUUAGGAAGGCUCGUUUGUUCCUUGUCAUGCCUUCCGCGGCUGCCCUCCACAGCAGAAGCAGCAGCUGGAUCAGCAGCAGCAGCAGCAGAUGUAAGCAACCGUCUGCUGGGGUCUCUCUCCUUAGGAAGUUUAGCUGCCUUCUGCUGCUCCGAGCCUGUCCUUUACACAUGGAGGGCUUCUCUAUACCACGGCUGCAGUUCCCCGCGUGGCGUGGCAGCAGCAGCGGCUACAGCAGCAGCAGCUGCUGCUGCUGCAGUGCGUCAAGGGCCCUCAGCCGCAACUACUGAUGGAGCCCCACAAGGCGUUCCAGUUCAAGAACGAGACUGCGUCCUUUCAGUCCUGGCCGAGGCUUGCGUCCUCGAGGCAAUGGGCCGGCGCGGCAGCAGCAGCAUCAGCAGCAGCGGCAGCGGCAGCUGCAGGAGGGCUUGUGUCUCUGUGGAAACGGCAAAGGCGAACAUGGAGUGCCUAGUGGGUGUCUGCAGUUCACUGGCGCUACAAGGCGCAGCGGCGGCACUUUCUGUUCUUGAGCGGUGUGCUGUGGCUGCUACGGCCUGCGAGCAACAGCAGCAACAGCAGCAGCAGCAGCAGCUACAACAGCUACGGGAAGAUAGAGAACUGACAGUGUCGUUCGAGGCCCUCCGUCUCAAGGCCAGCGUAUACCAGAGUUUGCUGCUCUUCCCACGCCCUUCAGAAGCUCUUCAAGGUCCAGCAGCCCCGCCACGAGCAGCAGCAGCAGCAGCAAGCACAGCUGCUGCGCCAGUUGCAGCAGCUGCAGCAGCAGCAGCUCUCCACGGAAGCUCCCCUGAAUGGGAAGGGGCCUCUGAUGGGUCUGCAGCGGCGCCCCCAGGCUGCGGGGCGGAGACGCCUCUCAACUUGGAGGGGUCGGGGUGGCUGGCUGUGAUGCACGUAGAUGCUCUUAGAGUUGAAUUGCGGCAGCAGCAGCAGCAACAGCAACAGCAGCAGCAGCCGCAGAAGGGGAAAGAGCCAGCUUCCAAACAGGGAGCCACUGCAGCUGAAGCGGACACAGCGACGUCAGGUGCAGCAGCAGCAGCAGCAACAGCAGUAGCAGGCUUGCUUCUGGGGCUUAACUGCAGCUCUCUAGAGCUGUAUCUGCUAGAUGAGGGGACUCGUUUGUGCCGUUUAGCAGUGGAGGCUGGAGUGUCGCUGCAGCAGCUGUCGCUGGUGCCACUGCCCUCCCCGCUCAUAAGUAGGCCCUUUGGUGUUUAUGGGGGACGCAGGGACCCCUCAAACGCCCCCCACUGCUGCAGCUGUUGCAAGGGCUGCGUUAGAAGAGACAAUAGAUUAAUUGGCAGCUCAAGCGACAAGGCGAGAGCAGCAGCAGCAGCAGCAGCGCCGGCAGCGCCAGCAGCAGCAGCAGCAGCAGCAGCAAAUCACAGAGAGCCCGUGCCAGCUCUUGUCUUCAGGGCAGACGCAGCUGCUCCCCUGUUGCCUCUCUGCGGUUUGGCGCGGCUCUUGGUGGCUGAAGACUUGGCGUGUUCAGUCCUCCUGCCAGCGAGCCCUUGCGCCCAGCGCUCUCUGGGGGGCCCCGUUGAGGGGCCUCUCUCCCUAGGGGGCCCCCGUGAACCCCCCGGGGGCCCCUCCGGGGCUUCUCGGGGGCACCUGCGGUGUGGGGCAGUGGAGGGUGUCCUGUGUCCAGACAGCCUGCGCUGUUUCUUGUUCGUUUGCGCGGACUUGCAGUACUUGCUGUCUCUGCCGGAGCCGCCCCCUGCAGCAGCAGCGUUUAUGCGUUCCUGCUCUCAGUUUCUUGCAGCUACAGGACUAGGGGCCCCCCAGGGGCCCCACCAAGAGGCCCCUGCAGCUGACUUAGGCGCUGAGGCCUCUGGGGUCCACCAGAAGGGCUUUGAAGAGUCCUGUGAGGAGCGGUCAGAAGGCGGCUUGGGGGGCCCCCCGCAGCGGGCCCUUCAUGCCAAGCCCCGGGGGGUCCCACAAGGGGUCAACCUUCUCGCAGGGGUCGAUUUGGGGGCCUUCCUGACAGACGGAGAGGAAAGGGCCCCACCUCUUGGGAGGCCCAGAGCAAGUUUUCACGAAGACUCGAUGGGGCUGUACCCAGCGGUCGCCCUCCCUGCUUUUGCAGGAAGCUCUUCUUCAGCCGCAGCAACUGGAGCAGCAGCAGCAGCAGCAGUGGUAGCCUCUGGUGCUCCAGCAGGUUUGCCGAGAAGCUCCAACGUCGCCCUCAUUAGAGAUUACGUGGCUGCUGCCCCCAGCUUUCCUGCGGCUGGAGAUGCCGCUGGCUCUCCCAGACCAGUGGUCACCGGGCAGUACGUGAAGGCAGCAGCUGCGAGCGCUGCAGCAGAAGCAGCAGAAGCACCGGCGCACACUGCAGCAAGCUUGAAGGAGGCUCUCGUGUCGGCAGCAGCAGCGGGGGAAGCAGCUGCAGCAGCAGUAGCAGCAGCAGAAGAAGACGACAGCGACGGCUCCGAGUCCUCUUGGGAGGCAGCAGAAGGGGAACCCACAGCUCCAGGGGCCCCUCGAGCGGGCCGCAGGAGGGGCCCCAGGGGGUGCGCAGCAGCAGCAAUUCAGGAACUGAAGGAGGCGGAUGAGGCAGCCAGGGCCCUCGUCAUAGAGCUCUACCGCCCAGAGGGUGGAAGCGCAGCAGCAGCAGUUUCGCCUCGAGCGGGAGACAGCGGCCAAGACAGGGAUGCUGUAGACAGCAGCAGCAGCAGCAGCAGCAGCAGAAGCAGAUGGCCUGUGACGGUUUCUGUCACAGCAGAGGACCACUUUAAGCCUCCCGCGGAGGCCCUGCCCUUCGACAGCCCCGUUGGGGGCCCCCUUGGGGGCCCCCCAGCAGGCAACCGGAAGGCCCCCAGCGUGCGCACCAGCAGCCUGCCUGUGGGGCCCCCAGUGGAUGCUCAGAAAGGGCCUUGGGGCCCCCAGUUGAGACAGAGGGCCCUCGUAGAGGAGCCCGAGACAGGCACUGUGCGCGAGGCCCCCUGGGGGCCCCUCUUGGAGGUCGAAGUUGCGGAGGCGCGCAUUACUUUAUCACAGGACCCGCACUUUUCGAACGGAAGUCCCUCGACUGUGGGACUCAGAGCAGAUUUGCUGCGCCUUUGUUUGAGCAACACCAGCUUGAUCGUCGCCUGCAGCAGCAGCGACAGCAGCAGCAACUGCAGAAGCAGCAGGGGUGGAGUGAGCCGGUUCUUCGGCGUCACCGUGAGGGACUUGAGCGUGGAAGAUCUUGUUGAAGGAUCUUCAUUUGGGCUGCUGCUAAGGUAUCACGAAGAUGAAAUUGUGCGCCCCCGGCCCACCACCUUGCCUAUGGUGACUUGCCUGGCCACGGAGUACUAUCUUCCGCAGCAGCAGCAGCUGCUGAUGCCGCAACUGCAGCAGCAGCAGCAAGAGCAGCCGCAGGUGGAGUACGACGUCGACAUCAAAGUGCUGCCUUUUGCCCUGUCGCUGCACCAGUGCACCGUCGACGCCGUCGCAGCUUUCAGUGAGCAGCUGCUGAUGGCCGGGGCUGUAGAACUCCCCCCAUCGCGCCUUCUGCCUGAUGAGGGGCCCCCUCCCUGGAGAUGCAGCAGGAGGGGUACCCCUUCUGCGGGGGCCCCCAGAGAACGGGCGCGCAGCCGCAGUAGUGGGGCCUCGCCCUCCACUUCUUAUUCUUUCUCACGGCCGGACAUGGAGAGGCUGUACCAUCGCCACCACGGCCGCCAGCACCAGCACCAGCACCAGCGCUCGCACCCGCACAGGCAGCAGCAGCACGUGCAGCAGCAGCACCAGCAGAGGACGCAGGUGCGCAGGAGAGCUGAGCACUCCAACUUCGACUGGGGCCCCCCUGCAGCAGCAGUGAACCCUUUCGAGCUCCUAGUGUCACCAAGAGGGCCCCCCCGGGGCCCGACAAUGGGGCCUUCUUGGGGCUCCUCAACGCAACGGCAUCAUCGUCAGGGAGGCGUCUGCAGCAGCUGCAGCAGCGGCGGGAGCUGCUGCUGCAGCGAGUCCCCACGCCGCAUGCAGCGGACGCCGUCCUUUGCCCUGUUAAGUACCCUUCGCAGCGCCCCCUGUGCAACUGUGGCUGGCGUGGAGGGGGGAGGGGCCCUCUGCGUAGGGGCGGCCCCAGGGGCCCCUAGUGACGUUUUCAUUCGGUCGUUUCGGCUGUCUGCUCUUUUGAUCAAAAUCGACUUCGCCGCGAGGCCUCCAAACCCCAGCGGAAUUUGUCGGGGAGACCUGCGGGAGCUGCUGAACCUCUUUGCUUCGUGCUGCAGGUUUGAGGGUAUUGAGGUGGCAGUGCCUUCUCAGGUGUUGUGCGACAUUUCUUCUGUUGAACGUCUCUUCAACAAAAUCGCCGCCCACUGGGUGGCGAGUGUCAGCAGGGCUGCAAUGAUGCGAUGCAUCAACAGCGUUGCUCCUCUAAAUGGCCUUCUGAGAGGCGGCCGCACAAUUCGCAGUUGGCUGCUGCGGGUGUUCCGGCGCCGCCGUGGCUGGGCUCGGAGGCCGCGUGGGGGCCCCCUUGGGAUGCCCCCAGCUCAGCGAGCUGCUGCUGCGCUGCAGCAGCUGCUGGCGUCAGUAGAUGCUCCGGGGUUGGCGCUGCUGCUGGCUAAAAAUGUCGCUGCUGCUGCAGCCAGUGCAGGCUUCGAGGGACUGUGCCUUUCGGAAAGGGCCCUGAGAGGCCUCCAUUCGCUGCUGUACUUGCUCGACCGCGCCUACACUCCCGGCAGCUGCCCUCCCUACCCGUCUGCAACAUUCCGCACCCGCACAGGCAAUGAGGCCUCUUCGGCGGACGGGGGAGCCCGAAGCAGCUGGGGAGGUCCCGGGGCUGCUGAGAGCAGCAACGAGUGGGCAGUUGUGCAGCUGGGCGCGGAGGGGCUCUAUGAGCCCGAGGGUGUGGUUGCAGGGCUGGGGGACGCCUGUCGGUGCGUGUCUCGGGGCUUUUCUUCUGCGCGAGACGUGUGCCUGCGUCUGUACACCCCAAACUGCCUGGGGCCCGAAGCCCUCCAAAUCGCCGGCCGCGUUUUCCCCGCGUUGAUUUUGCGGCCUCUCUUGGGUUUCUCAGAGGGCUGCACCCGCGCAGUGCAGGUGGGCUUUGGGAGUCUUUGUAGUCUUAGGUUUAGAUUUGCUGCUUCUCCAAGUGCAGCAAAGCGCAGGGUUUAG